UUGCUUCUUUUUCCUCUCGCCCCGGACCUCUGGGGGUGUCGCUUGUCGCUUGAUCGCAUCAUUGGCCGAGAGUAGGCAGCGGGUAUGGCGCCCAAGAAGACGACCAAGGCCGACAAGGGCCAGCAGAAGGCGCUGGAGAAGCAGAAGCAGAAAAUCAUCGAGGACAAGACCUUCGGCCUCAAGAACAAGAACAAAUCCAAGACCGUACAGAAGUGAGCACACCAGCACAACGCACACGGCACACACACUGACACGACAGACACAUGCAUCCAAAGCUUUGUGUGUAUUGUGUGGAUGGCCAUCAGGUACAUCAAGGGGAUCGCAUCUCAGGUCAAGGGUGGGAAUGUGAGUGAGUCCGCCGUCAAGGCCAAGGAGCUGGCCCAGAAGGAGGAAAAGAAAAAGUCGGCCCAGCAGGCGGCUCUCCUCAACGCCCUCUUCCGCGGCACCGAGAACAUCAAGAAGAUCGAGGCCACCGGGCCGGGCGCUGCUGCCAAGAAGGACCCCAGGAGCAUCAAGGAGGUAUGUUGGUUGAGUUGAUGAUGUGGGGACACACACACCGGGCCAGACAGGGAAGGAGGGGCCUUAGCGACGAGCUCGGUGUGGACGGAUGCGUGUGUGUGUGUGUGCAGGAGCAGCAGAUCAACUUGUAUGUUGACCAAAGGGACCAGCAACAGACGGGCAAAGGUAGUGACGACACAACCACAGACAAAAGCCAACAGAUGCUGAUACACACGUGUGUAUGGGUAUGUGUAUCUGUAUGCGAUGGUUUCAGAGACGAUGGAGAAUUGGGACCAGAGCAAACUCGAAGAGGUCAGCACAGACAGCACAGCACACGCAAGCCAGACAAACAGAUGGAUGCCGAGGCACUCCUGACAUGACACCCACCCAUCCCAUCCCUGUCUCUUACUGUCUGUCUGUCUGUCUGUCUGAUGGCGUGGUGUGGUGUGCACCCAGGUGAUCAAGACCAAGCACACGGCCGAGAACGCCAACCGACCCACCGAGAUCAUUUGCAAAUACUUCCUCGACGCCGUCGAGAAGAGGGUGGGUAUCUCGUGCACUGCACGCGCACCACCCCCAACACACACACCCACCUAGGCCACACAGACGUAUGGCACGGUUCAUUGUGUGUGUUGCUUUGCAGGUAUACGGCUGGUUUUGGCAGUGUCCGAAUGGCCAGAGCUGCAAGUACAGACACUGCCUGCCACCAGGUAGGUACCUACCUGGCGAUGAGAUAGAUCUACGGGUGCCUGCUGACGUGGUGGAGUGGAUAUGAUGGUUCCUUCGUGUGUGUAGGUUAUGUGUUGAAGAAGGACGUGCCAGCUGAUGAGGUGGACGAGGAGGACGAGACGCUCAUCGAGGAACUCAUUGAAGAGGAGGUCAGUGAGAAAACCACAGCUGCUGCAGCGUAGCCGAGUGCCAGAGUGGAUGAAUGACACUCUGUGUGUGUGUGUGUGUGUGCAGCGUGCUAGCCUGAAGCGCGACGGCCUCACACCAGUGACGCUCGAGACCUUCCAAGCCUGGUCAGCCAGCGAUCGAUCUCGAUCCAUCCAUCCAUCCAUCGGUGUGUGUCAUUCAUCUCAUGUGUCCCCCCCUCCCCAGGAAGAAGCGCAAGGAGGAUGAUCGUCUGGCUGCGUUGGAGGAGGAGCGCCAGGCGGAGGCCAAAAAGACCGGCGGCAAGGGGCUGGGCGUCAUGUCCGGCAGGGACCUUUUCACCUACGACCCGACGUACGCAAUCAAUCAGCUCACACACACACAUUCACUUUUCGAUGAAUCGAUGUGAUCCAUCUGUAUGUUUGUGUGUGUGUGUGUUCAGUCUGUUUGUGGAUGACGACGACGCGGCGGAUGCCGACGAAUACGAUGCCGACGAGGAGUACUGGAACGAGCAACUUGCAGAGAACGAGCGGAUACUCAGGGAAAGGUACACACACAUACACACACCAACCGUCAUGGAACGUUUAUAUGUGUGCGUGUGUGUGUGUUUGAUAGGGAGGACGAGCUGCGGGCUGAGCGUGAGAUGGAGGCCGAGAAUGGCGAUGACGCAGACGAUGGCGGGGAGGGAGAGGACGAUGACGGAGACGAGGACGAGCAGCAGGACGGUAGGCGAACAAAGCACUCACUGACCCACCCACAGAGAGACAGACAGACACCACACACGUGCGUGCGUCAAUCAAUCAAUCACUCAAUGAGUGCAGGCGACGACGAUGGCGAUGAGGGCGCGUGUGAGCAUGUCGAUGGGGAUAACAUCGACGAGGACGACGACAUGCCCCAGCCAUCCAGCUCCAGCGCGGCCUACCCACCAGACGACGAGCCGUCCUCCUCCAGCGCCGCACCGCCACCCCCCCACCACCAACAGCAGGAGGACGGCAAUGUCGUUGAGGAGAGGGUGGCCAACGGGGUGGCCGUCAGCAAAGAAGAACUCUUCCUUGAAGACGAUGUACCGGUAAGCAGACAGGGAGGAUGGUCGAUUCACAAGUGCGUGUGGUUGGAUACAUCCAUGUGUUGUGUUGUGUACAGGAUGACCUGGAUGCGUUGGACGACUGACGUCUGUCUGUGUGUCUGUCUAUUGCUGGCUAAAACCCCUCCGUCUCCUCCAGGGCCCCCCUCUCUCCCUACCUGCUGUCCUGUCUGUGUGUGCGCGUCCAUCCGUCGGGUCGGCGGUGCGGUGUGGCUGUCUGUGUAUUUUUGCGCCCGGCCAGUUUCGAGCCGAGGUGUCAACACAACACCAACACACUAGGGGCCUAGAUGGGUGCAUUCGUGGGAGGGUGUGUGGCGAGGGUACAUGUGUGUGACAGUGGCGGGAGGGCAGGUCUAUCGCGGCCGCAUGCUCCCUCUCCCUCUCACACUGCACUGCACACUGACUCCUGAGUAUUCUGUGUGUCUGUGUUAUCAAAUCAAUGCCUUCGCUCUUUACAAUGCAU